AGAAAGCAGAAGAGACUAGACUACAAUAUUAACGGUGUUUUCAUUGCUUUGCUUUUGCUAGUGAAGUGUGCGUGCGGGGUUUAAGAACUGAGACAAACUGACCCUAACCCUAAACUAAACCUGCAACGACGCCGUCUUCCGCCGCCAUGGGUAGUAGCAGUAAGAAAAGGAGCUCCGCUACCGAGGAACAAACCCUCGCCGCCGCCGAUGCUCCCAAACCGCUCAUUAAGAAACCGAAGAACACCACUACCGACGAUGAUAGUCAACAACAACAACAACCUUCCGUCAAGCCCAUGGAGAGGAAGAAGAAGCGUAAAGCCUUGGACAAAGAGAGGCGCCGAACCACAUCCCAAACCGAACCCGAACAUGCAGCUUCGGAGCCCAAACCUGCGCCUCCGUCCACGGAUUCACCUAGCUCUAGCGGCGGUGUUAUGCCGGAGUUCCACAUUGGAGUGUUCAAGGACCUCGCGGCGGCAUCCGAGUCGGCGAGGGAAGCCGCCGCGAAGCAAAUGGUGACGGAGUUGAAGGCGGUUCAGAAUGCUUAUGAUUCGCGCGAGGAGAAGGAGAGUGGUGAGGGUGGAUUGAAGUUGGAAGCAGAGAAAGACGAUGGAUUGGAUAACUGUGCUUCGUCUGUGAGAUACGCUGUUCGUAGGCUCAUUCGCGGUGUUUCUUCAUCCAGAGAGUGUGCACGACAAGGUUUUGCUUUAGGUUUAACUGUUUUAGCUGGCACGGUUCAUAACAUUAAGGUUGAUUCAUUCCUUAAACUCGUAGUCAAUUUGCUGGAAGUAACUUCAUCAAUGAAGGGCCAGGAAGCAAAAGAUUGUCUGUUGGGGCGCUUAUUUGCUUAUGGUGCUCUGGCUCGAUCAGGAAGACUCACACAGGAGUGGAAUAUGGAGAAAAGCACUCCAUACAUUAGAGAAUUUAUCAGUGUGCUUAUCUCUCUUGCAAAUAAAAAGCGGUACUUGCAAGAGCCUGCUGUCUCAAUAAUUUUAGACUUGGUUGAAAAGUUACCUGUUGAAGCAUUGGUGAAUCAUGUUCUUGAAGCUCCUGGGCUGCAGGAGUGGUUUGAAGCUGCUAUAGAAGUAGGAAAUCCUGAUGCUUUGCUCCUCGCUUUAAAAGUUAGAGAAAAGAUUUCUAUUGAUAGCUCUGUAUUUGGUAAACUUCUGCCAAAUCCAUUCAGCUCUAGCCAGCUUUUCUCUGCUGAUCACCUGUCCUCCCUGAGUAAUUGCUUGAAGGAAUCAACUUUUUGUCAGCCUCGUGUUCAUAGUGUCUGGCCAGUUUUGAUAAAUAUUCUGUUACCAAAUACUAUUUUGCAAUUAGAAGAUGCUGCAUCAGCUUCAAACUCAUUAAAGAAACACAAAAAGAGUCGAAAAUCUAGCUCCUCUGAUGAAGAAAUUGCGAAGAAUCUUCAGAAUUUUUGUGAAAUAAUUAUUGAAGGUUCCCUUCUCAUCUCAUCUCAUGACCGUAAGCACUUGGCUUUUGAUGUUCUGUUUCUUCUUCUCCAAAAGCUGCCGGCAUCUUUAGUUCCAGUGGUUCUGUCAAACAAAGUUGUUCAGUGCCUGGUGGAUGUACUAUCAACAAAAAACACAUGGCUGUUUAAAGUAGCACAGCAUUUUCUGAAACAGCUGUCUGAUUGGGUGGGGGACGAUGAUGUCAGAAGAGUUUCUGUUAUAGUGGCUAUCCAGAAGCACAGCAAUGGAAAAUUUGAUCGUAUAACACGGACAAAACAUGUUAAAGAUUUCAUGUCACAGUUCAAAACUGAACCUGGUUGCAUGCUUUUCAUUCAGAACUUAAUGAACCUCUUUGUGGAUGAAGGUAAUGCCCUUGAGGAACCUUCAGAUCAGAGUCAAACUACAGAUGAAAAUUCUGAAAUAGGAUCUAUUGAGGAUAAGGAUUCUCCUAGGACCAAUGGAAAUUCUGAUUUUUUGAAGAGUUGGGUUAUAGAAUCCCUUCCCAGUAUUUUAAAAUUCUUGAAGCUGGAUCAUGAAGAGAAGUUCAGAGUACAGAAAGAAAUCAUGAAGUUUCUGGCUGUUCAGGGUCUCUUCACUGCAUCACUUGGCUCUGAGGUGACUUCGUUUGAGUUACAGGAGAAAUUCAGGUGGCCAAAAUCUCCCACAUCGAAUGCUCUUUGUAAGAUGUGUAUAGACCAGCUGCAAUUGUUGUUAGCAAAUGCUCAGAAAGGGGAGGGCAGUUGUCCUUUGGCCAACAGCGUUGAGCCAAAUGAUCUUGGUUCAUACUUCAUGAAAUUCUUUGGCACCUUAUGCAACAUUCCUUCAGUUUCCCUCUUCCGGUCUUUAGAUGAUGUGGAUCAAAAGGCAGUAAAAAAAUUGCAGGCAAUGGAAACUAGAUUAUCGAGAGAGGAAAGGAGCCGUGACUGUAGCACUGAUGCUAAUAGAUUGCAUGCACUGAGAUACUUGCUUAUCCAGCUGCUUCUGCAAGUGCUUCUUCAUCCAGGGGAGUUCUCAGAAGCUGCAUCUGAACUCGUCAUUUGCUGUAAGAAGGCCUUUUCAACUUCUGAUCUUCCUGAGUCCUCUGGAGAAGAUGAUGUGGAGGUUGAUGAUGCCCCUGAAUUGAUGGACGUUCUUGUGGAUACAUUACUGUCUCUGCUUCCACAGUCAUCAGCUCCUAUGCGGUCUUCCAUUGAACAGGUAUUUAAAUAUUUUUGUGGUGAUAUCACUAAUGAUGGACUGAUGCGGAUGUUGCGGGUCAUUAAGAAAAAUUUAAAACCUGCAAGGCAUCCAGAUGCAGCAAAUGCAGAUGAUGAUGAUGAUGAAGAUGACGACUUUAUCGAUAUUGAAGAAGAAGAAAUUGAUCAAGCUGAGACAGGUGAAACAGGUGAGAGUGAUGGGCAGACAGAUGACUCUGAGUCAGUAGUUGAGGUGGAGGAGACUGAUCAUGGCCAUUCCGAAGCUUCUGAUGAUUCUGAUAGUGGGAUGGAUGAUGAUGCAAUGUUCAGGAUUGAUACAUAUCUUGCUCAGAUAUUUAAAGAGAAGAAAAAUCAAGCUGGAGGUGAAACUGCUCAUUCCCAGCUAGUGCUGUUCAAACUUAGAAUCCUUUCGUUGUUGGAAAUCUUCCUUCAUGAAAAUCCAGGUAAGCCUCAGGUUCUUAUGGUUUACUCAAAUUUGGCUCAGGCUUUUGUUAACCCUCAUACAGCAGAAGUUAGUGAGCAGCUUGGACAACGUAUAUGGGGAAUAUUACAAAAGCAAAUAUUUAAAGCAAAGGAUUAUCCCAGGGGUGAUGGAGUCCAGUUAUCCAGUCUUGAAUCUCUGUUGGAAAAAAGUUUGAAACUAGCUUCAAAACCAUUCAAAAGACAGAAGUCUGCAUCUAACCUUUCAAAGCAAUCAGCUGCCUGGAACCGACAAAAAAUGAUUUCUUCCCUUGCCCAAACUUCGACCUUCUGGAUUUUGAAAAUUAUUGAUUCAAGAAAUUUUGCAGAGUCUGAACUGGAGAGGAUUGUUCUAAUUUUCCGUGAAGUAUUGGUGGGGUAUUUUGACAAGAAGUCUCAAAUCAAAUCUGGAUUUUUGAAAGAAAUAAUUCGAAGACGACCAUGGAUUGGACAUGCUAUAUUUGGCUUUAUUUUAGAGAGAUGUGGAAGUGCCAAGUCAGACUUUCGACGAGUGGAAGCACUUGAAUUGGUAAUGGAAAUAUUGAAGUCACUGUCAACAGGGAAUAGUGAUGAACAGAAUGCAUCGAAAAAGAUUCUUAAGAACAGUUUGGAUAAACUUUCUCAUCUGUUGAAAGAAUUAGUGACUAAUAUGCCAAGUAAACCAGCAAGGCGGACAGAGGUACAGAAGUUUUGUGUUAAGGCCUUGGAGAUUUUGUCUAAGCUUAACCUCACCAAGAAUUUUGUGAAAACUUUGGCACCUGAUACUCAAGCUGCCCUUGAGGCGCAACUUGGUGAGCAAUUCAUUAGUUUGAAGAAGCUGGAAAAAUAAACUACACAAUUUAUAAUUGCUGCUACAGCCCGACCAAAAGAAGUUUUUGCUGUAUCACAUUGCUUGCACACUCGACAGAACAAAACAAGUUAGAAAAUACAGUGCCAUCCAGAAAAGCAAAGCAAUUACGUGAUACUUUAAAUUUAUUCUGCUUGCAGUAUGCUGAAAACGGUGCUCCGAACAUCCUUGAGGUGUUUGCAGUAAGAAUUUUUGGUAAAACUUAAUUUAGUCUUGUUUGUCUUUUGGAUAUGCUUUGUUUUUGUAAACUCGACAAUUGUUACACAUGAGAUUUUGAGUUGGUAAAAAGGGCUAAAAUAUUUAUGUUGCUUAA